AUGAACAAGACAAUUCUUAUUGUUCUCAUUCACGGCUUCAAGGGCGACGAUGCUACAUUUGGCGAGUUCCCAGAGCACCUACGUUCACUGAUUAGACGAAAACUUCCCGCUGUCAAUGUCGUUACGAUAGUGUAUCCCAAAUACGAGACUCGAGGGGAUUUGAGAGAAUGCGUGGGCAUGUUCCGGGAAUGGCUGCAAGAUAAAGUAAUCGAUUUGGAAGUGGCAAAUCGGACUGCAUCGCCUACUGUUGACCCCUCAGUCCAUGUCUUCCUGGUUGGUCAUUCGAUGGGCGGCAUAGUAGCAGCAGAUACACUUCUGCUACUGGCGUCAGAACGACCCAUAACCCCUGAAGAGUCACUGGAUGAUGCAUCAAGUCAAAUAUCGACAAAUUCGCACGACUCGACGGUUGCUCACUGCCCCCGCCUCGUGGAACCCAGUGAUUAUAUGUUCCCUCAUGUCCAAGGAGUGAUUGCAUUCGAUACACCUUACUUGGGAAUAGCACCAGGGGUUGUUUCAUAUAAUGCUGAAGGGCAUUAUAAAACAGCCACGUCAGCAUACAAUGCGAUUUCAGAAGUAGCUGGCUUUUUCGGGUGGGGGAAGAGUAACAAUGAGUCUGCCGCCAGUCAACAAAAAGCAACGACGACAGUUACCCAAACAUCGACGGGUCAAACAAGCACCGCUACCGAUGCUGCUGCCACGCCGUCCUGGCAACGAUGGGGUCGGUACGCCAUGUUUGCGGGAGCUGCAGGCGCCGUUGCUGCAGGCGGAGCAGCAGCAAUGUAUACAAACCGUGACCGCCUAACAGACGGAUGGGGCUGGGUAUCGUCUCAUUUAUCGUUCGUUGGGUGUUUGGCGCGUCCCGCAGCGCUACGUCGGCGUCUAGCUCGGUUAUCGAAGGUGCGCCGAGAACGCAACAUAGGCUGCACAAAUUUCUACACUGCACUGGGAGAUGGUGCAAGUUCGCUGGUAGAACCACCGAAGGAGGGACAGACACAAUUUGGCCAGAAAAUCAUACGGUCGAAAAACCGCACCUUUUGCACCCUCCCCACCGAAGAAGAAGAGGCAGAACCGGGACUGGGAUGGGUUAAAGCUCAAAACAACCAAGUCAAGAACGAAGUCAGUGCCCAUGUCAGCAUGUUCUCUCAGAGGGCAAACCCGGCUUUCCAUGAGCUUGUUGAUAAUGCGGGAAGGUUGCUGGUCAAAUCAAUUGACAAGGAUUGGUACGCUUCUGCGAGGGGUCCAAUAGAGGAAAUCAACGAAGGAUCUUCACGCUCUCGACAUAAAGAUGAUGGCCGUUUUCGACAUGAAAAUAAUUGCCGUUCUCGACACGAGGGCAGUAGCCGCAGCAGUCGUCACGGCAGUCGUCACGAGAGUAGUCGCAGCAGUCGCAAUAGUCACCAUGGCAGCAGUCGGAGCAACCGCAGCAGCCGUCAUGGCAGUAGUCAUGGUGGCAGUAGUCAUUCCAGUCGUGUCAGCCGCCCGGGCAAUCGUCGAAGAGACACAGACAGCCCCUUCAUGAGUGGGGAUGAUGUCGUGAUGAUCAAUUGA